AUGCAUAUUGCCAACGCCGGUCUGCGGCGCGAGCCCGGAGCUACCAACAACAACGGGGAUUGGAACAAGCAUCCGGACGGCCACGCGAAAGUCGACUCGCCCACCAUGGGGCGGGCAGAGGGGCGUGAUAAGCCUAUCAGAGGGGCUGACGAUAACCGCACCGAGUAUAACCGCACCGAGGACAACCGCACGAUAAACGUUAGGACCGGAGGGCGGGUGCUGACCCCCGAGGAGCACUGGCGGCGCUACCGGCCGCAGCUGGCGACGCGGUACGGGCACUGGCGAUUCUGGUUACCAGCGCAGGGGCGAGAGGCGAAGCUGUCGCUGGAGCUGCUGCGCGAAAUCACACCCGCGGAGGUGGAGAGCGGUGCAGAGGAGUACGUGCUGCGGCUUACCCUCUCUCUGUCUCCUCCCGCACAGCACGAGCAGUUCAAGCGGUGGCGGGACUUACCAAGCAAAGUGGCGGAGGGCGCGUGGCCCUUCUCCUCAGGAGCAGUUCAAGCGAGAGCGACUUCCCAGCCUAGGUGGCAGAAGGCGCAUGGUUGUCCUCCUGUGAAGCAGCUGGGCAACUACCCAUCUCCUUCCCCUCACCCCUCUCUCUCCACGCAUGGCUAUCCACCCAUCUCCUUCCCCUCACCCCUCUCUCUCCACCCCCUCUCCUUCACUCUCACUCUCUCCUCCGCUCCUUCCCCGCACAGCACGAGCAGUUCAACCGGCGGGGGGACUUCCCAGCCAAGGUGGCAGAGGGCGCGUGGCCCUUUUAAUAUGCGCGCGCCAGCCAUGCCAGCGGCAUCGCGCUGCCCUAUGGCAUCUACAGCCACACCAAUUCACUUUCUCCUCCCCCAUGAUCCCUCCGCACAGCACAAGCAGUUCAAGAGGAAAGGUGAUUUCCCAGCCAAGGUGGCGGAGGGCGCGUGGCCCUUCUCCUGUGCGCGCGCCAGCCAUGCCAACGGCAUCGCCCUGCCCUAUGGCAUCUACAGCCAUGGCGCACGCGUGCUCUGUGCUGGGGGGGACGAGGAGCGGGAAGGAGGGGAGGCGGGGGAGGGGGACGAGGUGAAUGGGGGCGGGGCUGUGGUGAUGGCGCAGCUCCAGGUGGGGGGAGGCAGGCAGGAGGGCAGGGGUGAGGGCAAGGGGGAGGGCAGGGGAAAGGGUGUGGGGGAGGGGAAGGGGGAGGGCGAGGAGGGUGAGCGUGAUGACAAGGGGCGUGGGCAGGGCAACAUGGGAGGGGGGUCGGUGCGGCGUGCAGUGCUACUCUCAGCCAACGUGUGCUUCAUGGAAGGCCCCAGCGCACAGCUCAACGUGGCCUUUUCGGAAGCUUCCUUGUCGCUGAGGCAAGACGACACUGUCCUACCAACAGACAUGCACAACAAGUCGCACACUAGUGGCAGUGCCGCCAGCUACCAAGCUACUGACGGAACCACAAGCCCUUCCAGCCAAUCCCUGCAUGACACGUGGGCCAGCCCUCACUGGAAGACUCCUCUGCCGACCCACCUGCCUGCCUCCCUCCCCUCUCUCCCUCCCAAGCCUCUCUAUGGAGUUCCCCACUACAUCUAUGCUGACCUCUAUGCUACACCUCUUCCUGAGCACCCCAACAAGAGGCUGGAAACCCAGAACAUGGAGGUAUUUUCAGGGUACUUGGCAGGGAUACCCGAGGCCCAGCAAAACAAGUAUGGUGUUUGGGCACUGCCUAGGGGCGUGGUGGUGGCUAUGCCGUCCCCCUUAGAGCCAAUGCUCAGCCGCGAGGGGGGAGGAGAAGGGGAGGAGUUUUGGUUGGUUGUGACGUAUGUGAGGGGGGGAGGGGAAGGGGUGCAGGGUGGUGGUGGUGAUGGAAUUCGUGAGGAGCGAGGAGGGGAGGAAUUGGGUGUAGGUGAAGGAGAGGAGGACCUGAGGGAUGGGCUUGAGGAUACAGGGUACAUGGCAGAAGGAGAGUGGAAGGUGCAGCAGGUGGUGAUAGCGUAUGAUGCACAGGGGCAGUUUGACUAUGUGAAGCACACCAGGUUCAUGUGA